UAUUAAAGAUAUCCAGAUUUUUGCUGCCGUCAAAUAUAAAAGUGAUGUUAAAUAUCAUUUUAUUUAUAAAAAUAAUGAACUCAAAUCAGUGUUCUAUUCUUAUCUAUUUCUAUUCUAUGCUAACAAUAUCUGGCAGAUAAACCAUUUUCAAUUUAAUUAAUGUUUAUAAUUAGUAAUUAUUUAGUUAUACAGUAUUUCUAAACAGAUGCAAUUUAAAUACAUUUAAAGAGUAAUGAAUUUAUAUCACAGAAAUCUAUCGGUAUUUGCCGUAGAGUCUGACCAGGAAAAUGGCCGAAUUGAGUGACGCGUUUAAGUCGACCAGUAAUCGGACGUUUGAGAACGAAGACAAACUGCCGUCACUGCCGGUGCCUCAGCUCAGGUCCACUUUAGGCCAUUACUUGGAAACCGUGCGACCGGUGGUCACCGAUGAAGAGUACGAGAAAACUGAGGCCAUUGUUCGCAACUUUGAGUACGGAGUGGCCAUUCAUUUGCAGCAAAAGCUCGUUAAGAGAUCAGAAGAGCGCAAGAAUUGGUUGGAGGAGUGGUGGGAAGACGUGGCAUAUCUGCGACAAAGGCAUCCAUUGAUACCGUUCUCAAACAUGACGGGCUCUCAGCCCAACAUUCAUUUCUGGCCCAUUCAGACGGGCACUCGUAUCGAGCGGUUGGCGCUAAUCAUUAGUUUUCGAUUGCAAUUCUGGCAACUCAUCAGAAAAGAACAAUUACAACCAGUAAUUCACAAACCAAUGGAACCCUUGGCUAUGAAUCAGUUUCGCCGACUUUUCAAUACGUGCCGACUUCCCGGCCAAACAAAGGACUUAUUAUUGACUUGUUUUAAAACGGAAUCUGAAGGCCCGACGGCUCCGACUAACCUAAUAGUCCUCUACAGAGGAUAUGUGUUUAGCUUUGAUUUGACACUAAAUGACAAUCUCUUGAACGCCUAUGAAAUUGACCACCAGUUGAGAUACAUCGAGGACUGGUGUCAACGACAGCUCAACGCCGGUCCCGGUGUCGGCGCUCUUACCACCACUGAUAGAACUAAAUGGGCUCUAAAUCGCGAGUAUUUGAUUCAAUUGAAUUCCAAAAACAAGAAAACUUUAGACACAAUCGAGUUGUCAAUGUUUUGCGUGACUUUGGAUGACAAUCAACCCGUCACUCAGGAUCAGAUUAUACGUGAGGCACUUUUAGGUGACUGCUGUGAGAACCGUUGGGCCGACAAAUCUUACUCCAGUAUCGCUUAUAUUAAUGGAAAUUUUGGCGAUAAUUCCGAACACACCUCAUUUGAUGCGAUGGUUGUGGCCAUCAAAGUCCAAUACAUACAAAUGUCAAUCAAUGAAUGUCAAGGCGUUUACAUUGGAAGCAAAACAAUGAGAGCCCUCCCGGAGCCGGUGUUGCUUCACUUUAAACUCGACGCCAAAUUGUGCGAAGAGAUCGCAAUCGCAAAGUUUAAUCACAUAAAUAGAUGCAAAACAUUAGAAAUCACAUUUAAAGUGUUUGCAGAAUACGGCCGAUCCGUGUCAGCUAAACACCGCAUACAUCCCGAGGCCUACAUCCAAAUGGCCAUUCAAUUGGCUUACUAUCGCACACACGGCAAAGCGGCGCCCACUUAUUGCACGGCUGGCACUCGCAGGUUUUACCAUGGUCGCACCGAGACGUGGCGAUCGUGUGUGGCAGAAAACGUUGCAUUUGCCAAAGCCGUCACCGACGGCACCAAUAAUGAGAGCCAAUUGUACGCUAUGAUGAUCAAAGCGGGUGAAAAGUUACGACAAACAAUGGUUAACGCGUGUAACGGUCGCGGAUGCGAUCGACACCUACUCGGCCUCUAUCUGACAGCCGUGGAGAACGGGAUGGAAGUGCCGGAGCUCUACGCCGACACGUCGUACACACGGAGCGGAGGGAACGACAACUUUGUGUUGUCGACCAGUUGUGUCGGUUAUGGGAAUAUAUGCAGAUGUGUGCCACCGAUGGUAGAGAACGGGUACUCAUUCUUCUAUGGCAUAGAACCGCAUCAAUACUCGUUCACUAUAUCCUCGUAUAAGAGUUGUGGCGAAACGAGCGCUCAAUUACUACAACAUAAUCUGCAUUCGGCUCUCAUUCAGAUGAGACAUAUACUCGACUCUCAGAAAUAUCAAUCAUGAGUACAGUAUUUCUAACCACAAUAUAUUUAUAUACCCUAAAAACCCACAGAUACGCCGCGGCUUAUCUGAUGAAAAAAGUGCAUUUUAUGAAUAAGUUAGCGAAUCGGCUUAUCUGUGGGUUUGGCUUAUUUAUGGGCAUAUUUAAUAAUAAAAUAUGUCAAUUAAAAACAAUUUUGAUUUAAAAUUUAAAUAAUCAUAUUUAUUAAGAUAGUUUAAUUGCAAAUACCGUCAAUUUAGGGUUUAUUUAUGG